UCAGACAUUCUUCAUUUUCUAUUUUCCAAUUGCCUUGUAGUUAUCCCAGAGUGAUUAGCGCUCCUUGAAUUGCAUUUCGUUUUGAAUUUCGUUCAGAUAGAGGAACGCUUGUUUGAGUUGAAAAAUGAUAAACUGGAAGUUCUUGAGAAGGUCAAAGGGCGCGUCUUUGAAGGGAAAACGUAUCAGCCACUGUUCCCGUAUUUCACAUACAUGAAAGCUGAAAUGGGAGCAUUCCGAGUUCUCUGCAAUACAUUUGUUACCACCGAUCAGGGUACUGGUAUUGUACAUCAAGCUCCAUACUUUGGAGAAAUUGAUUACCAAACCUGCCUUGAAAAUGGAAUAAUCACCAAGGACAUGAAGAUCAUUUGCCCUGUGGAUGAAAGUGGACGGUUCACUGCGGAAGUUAGCGAUUUUGCCGGUUUGUAUGUAAAGGAUGCUGAUAAAGCGAUUUGUAAGAAAUUGAAGGAGAGCGGCAAUCUUAUCAAGCAGGGAGAGGUGAAACACUCUUAUCCUUUCUGUUGGCGAUCGGACACUCCACUCUUGUAUAAAGCUGUUCCAUCGUGGUUCAUUCGCGUAGAACAAAUUGUACCGAAACUCCUUGCAAACAAUGAACAAACUUACUGCUGCACGGCCCCUAUUAGGAUCGUGCGGUUGGCAUAGAAUUGACGUCGAGGAGGUAGACAUCGUAGUCAAUGAAACCGUUCUGAGCGACAGUUUGGUAUGUUCCGUAUCAAAAUCUGACAUUUCUGAUCUGCUUAUAUUAGUCUGGUUCCGUGA